AUGUAUUACAUCGUCGGCCUCGCUAGUAUUCUUCCAUCAUCCGCCCAAACUGUGGAAGGACUCGCCGUAUUUACCACCUUCCGACAAUUCCAAUAUUCUUUAUCUCGCACGCGUACAAUUGCCACAGUCGCCAACGUGGAAGCAGGUCCCGUCCGUAUCACCCCAACUUCUUUCAUUGGCAAGAUUAUAACCCCAAUACACGCUCUCUCCAUCCUCCUCCCACCCGUGACAUAUAUCCUAUGCGUCGCCUUCAACCGCUUCGCGCAGCCUGCGUGGAUGCAGUGCAUGAGCCUUCCUGAUACCUAUUUCAAACACGAAAAUGAAGUAGGGCUGAGAGUCGCAGCAUGCGCAGCGACCUUUAUGGUCAUCAGGUUCAGCGCACGCGUACUUACGCACCUUGGCAGUCAGUGGCACCCGAUUGGGAGACGCGAGCAGUCCAGAAUCGUGCAAACAGGCCCAUACGCGGUAGUGCGUCAUCCGCUGUACACGAGCGCGCUCAUCCAGGGAUUACUUUUUACGCUGAUGACCUGGUCUUAUGCGCCGCUUGUAGGAAUAGGUAUCACUACUGGCGCGUCUGCUGUCAAGCUGCUUAUCGAGGAAGAUCUUAUUAUGCAAGACCCUGCUGUUGCUGAGGAAUACCGUGCGUAUAUGCACAGAGUGCCUGCGCGACUUGUUCCGUUCCUUUGGUGA